GUGCUCAUGAACGCAACUGAACAGUAGCGAGAAAAGCCAUUUUGUUAUGCUAGCUGGCUAAGUGGCUAAAGCCACUGCUCCUGUAGAUCUGUGGCACAAUGUUGUUUUUAUUGUUUAGUUUGCAUUCACACUCCAUAACAAACAUGGAUACCAGACGACGCCUGUCUCUGUUUUAACAUGGGGACGUGCUUGUGAACAUUAGCCUUCAAGUGCUAAAAAAGAAGAAGAUAAUAACUGCUAGCUAUAUGCGGCUAGCUUGAAGCUGACACAUCGUUAGCGUGAUAGCUUUCUACUAAAAUGGUCUCUCUUAGAUAUUAGGGUGUUAUUUUGUAUCUUAUAAGUUGGAAUCUGCUUCUGGGUGCGUUUCUACUCGGAAUUCAUUAUUUUCUUUUAAUUCAGUUGGGUAGUAAUUCAGCAGUGACUGGCCAUCAAAACACUGAAGCAACACUACUCGCCGAACUAACUCCACCUGAGUUUGUUUCAAGAUCAGUUCAUUUCAUUUUGUGAUAUGAUGGCAGAGGAUAUCCGACAGGACAAGAAGGGUAACUUCUCUGCCCUGAUGGAGCACAACAGCAACGGAGUGACUAGGUCCUCUGCUCUGGCUGCAAGUAAGACUGGCGCCUCAAAGAAGUUGGUCAUCAAAAACUUCAAAGACAAGCCCAAGCUGUCUGAGAACUACACAGAGGAUACUUGGCUAAAGCUUUGCGAUGCAGUGGGCGCAAUCCAGAACAGCACCUCCAUUAAAUACAACCUGGAGGAGCUAUACCAGGCGGUAGAGAACCUCUGCUCCUAUAAGGUGUCCCCUACUCUGUACAGACAGCUGCGGCAGCUCUGUGAAGACCACGUACAGGCCCAGAUCCAACAGUUCAGAGAAGAGUCUGUGGACAGCCUGUCCUUCCUGAAGAGGAUGAACCGUUGCUGGCAGGACCACUGCAGGCAAACGAUUAUGAUCCGUAGUAUUUUCCUGUUUCUGGACCGAACAUACGUCCUUCAGAAUUCCCUGCUUCCCUCUAUCUGGGACACAGGUCUGGAGUUGUUCCGUACCCACAUUGUGAGCGAUAGCGGGGUCCAAAAGCGCACCGUGGACGGCAUCCUGGAGCAGAUUGAGCUGGAGCGGAGCGGGGAGACGGUGGACCGGAGCCUGCUGCGCAGUCUGCUGGGCAUGCUGUCCGACCUGCAGGUCUAUAAGGAGUCGUUUGAGGAGAGGUUCCUUGUGGAGACCAACCGCCUGUAUGCAGCCGAGGGCCAGAGGCUGAUGCAGGAGAGAGAUGUCCCUGAAUACCUGCAUCAUGUGGCUCGUCGGCUGGAAGAGGAAAACGAUCGAGUGAUCAGCUACCUCGACCAGAGCACUCAAAAACCGCUUGUCUACUGUGUGGAGAAACAACUGCUAGGCGAACACAUGACCUCUAUCCUCCAGAAGGGUCUGACCGUUCUACUGGAUGAGAACAGGGUGACAGAGUUGACCCUCCUCUACCAGCUCUUCAGUAAAGUCAAGGGAGGCUUACACACACUGCUGCAGUUCUGGAGGGACUACAUCAAGGCGUUCGGAGGGGAGAUUGUAGGGACGCCAGAGAAGGACAAGGAUAUGGUGCAGGAGCUCCUGGACUACAAGGACAAAAUGGACAACGUAGUGCACACCUGCUUCGCCCGCAAUGAGAGCUUCAUCAACGCCAUGAAGGAGGCCUUCGAGGCUUUCAUCAACAAGAGACCCAAUAAGCCGGCAGAACUCAUAGCGAAGUACGUGGACUCUAAGUUGCGUGCCGGAAACAAGGAAGCUACGGAGGAGGAGCUGGAAAGGAUCCUGGACAAGAUCAUGAUUAUCUUCCGCUUUAUACAUGGAAAGGAUGUGUUUGAGGCCUUCUAUAAGAAGGACCUGGCCAAGCGUCUGCUGGUGGGGAAGAGUGCUUCUGUAGACGCAGAGAAGUCCAUGCUGUCGAAACUGAAACACGAAUGCGGUGCAGCCUUCACCAGUAAACUAGAGGGAAUGUUCAAAGACAUGGAGCUGUCCAAAGAUAUCAUGAUCCACUUCAAACAGUAUACCCAGAACCAGAGUGGCCCCAGCAACAUCGAGCUGACGGUGAACAUUCUGACCAUGGGCUACUGGCCCUCCUACAUUCCCAUGGAAGUCCACCUGCCCGCCGAGAUGGUGAAGCUGCAGGAGGUGUUCAAGGUCUUCUACUUGGGGAAACACAGUGGAAGGAAGCUCCAGUGGCAGCCCACUCUGGGCCAUGCCGUCCUUAAGACCGAGUUUAAAGAGGGGAAGAAGGAGCUGCAGGUGUCUCUCUUCCAGACCCUGGUGCUGCUGAUGUUCAACGAGGGGGAGGAGUUCAGCGUGGAAGAGAUCCGCACCGCCACUGGGAUAGAGGAGGGGGAGCUGAAGCGUACGCUCCAGUCGCUGGCAUGCGGAAAGGCCCGUGUCCUCAACAAGAACCCCCGGGGGAAGGACGUGGAGGACGGAGACCGCUUCAACUUCAACAAGGACUUCAAACACAAGCUGUUCCGCAUCAAGAUCAACCAGAUCCAGAUGAAAGAGACGGUGGAAGAGCAGGUGAGUACAACAGAGCGAGUGUUCCAGGAUCGGCAGUACCAGAUCGACGCAGCCGUUGUGCGCAUCAUGAAGAUGAGGAAGACUCUGAGCCACAACCUGCUAGUGUCGGAGCUCUACAACCAGCUCAAGUUCCCUGUCAAGCCUGGGGACCUGAAGAAGAGGAUCGAGUCCCUGAUAGACAGAGACUAUAUGGAGCGUGACAAGGACACGCCCACCCAGUACCACUAUGUCGCCUGA